CUUCAACCUACCGUCUGCCAACAUCUAAUCGCGUUUAGAUCAUUAGACACGGCCAGUUUUAGAUCAUGAGCAAUGGUUCUAAAAAUUAUAAUGCGCAGUUGACUGCUGCAGCAGCUUCAACAGCACUUCACAAUCGUAGGGGAUAUAAUAGCGAUGAAAACUAUAGAACUGUAAAUUCUUUCCUUGGAAAUCGCACUUCAACUUUUACCAGUUCUACUUAUUCACCUCAAUAUGACUACUUACGUUCAAAGGCAAUACAUGCGCCGUAUGUUCCAAGGACAAGCGAUGCAAAUUCACGUAAUGUAAGCUCGGUCUACAAUCCCUCUUCUUCUACUGCCAGUACUUAUUCACCUUCUAGUACUGGAAAAAGAUAUACUUUAACUUCUGCAUCUGCAAAGUAUCUUGCAAAAUCCGAAAAACAGAGAAAUCCUUCUAGUUAUGCAUACGACUUUACUCCUUCUUUUAGUCCUCCUAUAGAGCGUCGACGUGCACCGUCUAUAAAAAGCAACAUUUCGGAAACUCCUAGUAGUAGAAAUUAUGAGGAUUCUCAGUUACAUGCGAAGGCCGUUCAGUAUGCUCAGCAAAUAUCUGAGCGAUCCAAUAAUGGCACUCAAGCAAACAAUGCAAGCUCAACAACGCGUAUUCCUCUUUCAAGCAGAAACAGUUAUCGGGGACCUCCUAUUGUUACAAAUAAUAUUAGAUCAAUAGGUUCAAGUAGCAUGCCUUCUUCACCUAUCGGUGCUCAGGCUUCUUAUUCGGUUUCGUCUCCUUUACAACGUUCUACCACUACGAGUCGCCCAUCACCUGGGGUGACCCAAAAAUCAGCUAUGAAAAAACAUUCUCCCGCGGUUUCGGUCGAUGGGCAAUUACCUGACUAUACGCCAAAGAAGCGUGUAAGUAUUUACGAAGAUAAGGAAGAUAACAGGAUGGAUAAUUCGUCAUCAGAAUCUCUGUACCAGGACGUCAAUGAAGAGUUUCAAUCUAACCCGACGGAGUUGAGUGGAUCAUCUGCGUUCUAUGUUCCAUCAACGAAGCGUAUCUCUGUGAUACCACCUAACGCUCCUCGCAGCCCUUCUCACUCUGUCAAUUCUGAGAGUACGCAGUAUAUGUCUUUAGAAGAUGCAGCAAAGAGAAGAGUUGAAGAGAUGCUUAGACAAAUGGACGGUGGUAAUCAAGCCAAUAAUAUGAGUCCUAUGCCUAACAACGGUCAUCCGUUGGAAACUAUUCCGGACGACAACACUUCUUUCGUUUCAGAAAGCAGCUUUGAUCGCGGUGGCAACAGUGGACGUGGUAGAAACCUGUUUGCUAAAUUAAAACCUAAAAGGUCUAACUCCAAAGCAUCACGCGACUUGCCCUAUGGCCAUUAUGGUGCUUCUUAUUCCUCUUUGGUAGGUAAUGGCACUGGACGUUAUACAAUGCGUGGAUCUAGCUUUGGUAGUCAGCAGCGCAAACCUAUUUAUUCUCUUCGACAAACACCCCAACCUGAUAAUAGUAAUCAAAGAUCUUAUACUUUCAGUGGUGCUAACCGGGACGAUGCUGAAUAUGACCAUAGAUUUGCCAACGAUAGCGACAGUAUGCUGGAUAACCAACCCCCUCAGAAGCCCAAGAAAAAAGGAAAUAAGCUUAAGGCUUUGAAAAAGCUUUUUAAAAUCAGAUUUUGAGAACGUUAACAAGAUUGGUAGACGCUUUAAUUCAGAACUAGACCCUCCGAUUUGUUUAACUAGCAUGACUUGCUAACGGUUUUAUCUAAUUAUCAUCUUAUUAAUAUAUAAUUUAUUAUAACUUUUGGUUAUUCUACUGUUGCUCGCUUUUUAUAACUCACCCAACAUUUCAAUAAUAGCUACGAGCUUUGUGGUGUUAGUUUCAUCGUAUUUUUUUGGUGGUUCUUUUGGCUCAACAAUUCUCAUUCCAUACAAUAAACGCUAUUAUUAACAUUAUCAGGUAAAAAAGAAUGGUUUGUUACCACUUCGAUGGUCACGGCUGGCAAGAUCUUCUAAGUAAUUUCUUGACAGAACUUCCGUAAUUGUAGGUUCUCUUUCUUCCCAAUUCAUUAUAGUUUCGUUCAGUAAGUACUUGCCGGUGUAAUCUUGAUAAUAAUUUAUUUGGUCCUUUAAAUCAUCGUUAGGAUUGUACCGAAGGGGCUCGGCGUCAAUGAAAGACCCUUGAUCGCCAACUGGGUAUCCGUUUUCCAUGCUCGAUAAGCCAUCCAUGAGUGAUAUUCUGCAGCUUUCAGCGUCGCUCACAACUUCUGGAGAGUGGCUACGUACUUCCUCAUCGUUUGAUUCAAGCUCAAUAAUUUCCACUGAACCUAUGUUUUCCUUCUCUUCGUCAUCUGCUGGUUUCUGGUUUCGUAACGGGAAUUGAACAUCUGGCUUGACACGCAAUGGUUUGUCAGGUACUGAUCUAGUCGGUAGACGAUUAUUGGCAUUGGCAUGAGUGUCGUUUGAAUUCAAAGAUUCCUUAUGCUUUCCAUUCGAUUUCAUAUACGAUAAGCGAGCGCAUCCAGUUGAAAAAGAAUAUCUAGUCUCUUUUGGUUCCUCGUUAUAUACAACCAAAGCUUCACAAUUAGUAGAAUCGUUUUGAUCUUCAUUGUCUGAGCUUUCUAAAACAUUUUCGGAAUAAUUUUCACGAACAGUUGAUAUCCACGAUACUAAAGGAUCGUAACUAGAACUUUGGUUGCUUGGAAAUUCCAUUGCCAUACGAGCAGCAAAUGAUGAAACUUGUUUAUUAUCUAAUUUAGAAUUUUGAUUCUCUUUAAAUCCAUUCAUACUUAAUUAUUGAAUUGAUCGGGUUGUUGCUCGCGUUACAACAGAUUCAUUCCACUUGUCAUAUUCAUAAAGUAAAC